AUGAAGCUCUCACUUGCCCUGAUCAGUACUCUGCUUACGAGCUCCCUCGCACUUUCGGUCAAACGACAAAACGAUGUACCCUCCUGCGUCAACGGCGAUGUUGCCGACAGCAACGGCGGUCCAUACGAGGGUGGUAUUCAGAACCUGACGCUCCGUUUCUUCAAGGAUGGCCACGACGACACGUGUAACUACUACGACUCCCGCGACGCCUUGACCUUCACUACGAGUAGUAUUCCCAUCGUCCCGCACUGUUUCAGUCUUGGAGACCUCUUUGGUGGAAACGCCACGCAGGGCUUUGUGAACCAGACAUGGAACCUCGGUUCUAACAGGUUUGGUGACGAACAAGCGGGUAUAUACUGGACGCUUCUCAACGCCGACAAGUACGACAGAUCAGCAAACUACUCUCGGGUCCUAUACCGCCACCAUGUAGUGCAGGCUUAUGACGACAUAUGGAAGGAGGGCCAUCUCUCAAAUAUGAUGGCUACCGUCUACGGAGGGGAGGACUGCUCUGAACUCGAUCCUAACGAUGACCAAAACUUGCUGAACUGGUUUGGCCUUUUGAACCCAGUGUCCAAACGCCAGCAGAAGAAGAACAAGUAG